AUGGAGCUGACCGUCGGCGCGUCCUGUCGCGAGCAGAGAGACGACGCGUAUCGCGGUCGGUCAGCGAACGAUCGAGCGUUUUCUCGCCGUUUCGAUUCAAAGGAGGUCAUCAGGUACAACUUAGUCUAUUCACAGAGGGUGCGCUCAGAUCGACUCCACCGCGCCCUCGUCCUCCGCCGCGAAGCUCUCCUCCGCGUCCACGAACACGUCCUCCUCCUCCUCCUCCUCCCGCGCGUCGUACAACGCCCCCGCGCUGACGACGUUGUUCGCGAUCUCGAGCGGAUGAAUCGUCGUCGUCGCCUCCGCGUCCGCGGCGGAACCGAGCGCUCCCGAAGGUCCGCCGUGCGCCCCGCCCGUGAUGCCCUCCGUCAGCAGUCGCGUCCUUCCGCCGUUCGCGAUCGCGCCGAUCUCCCGCAGCACCCUCGCGUACUCCUCGCGCAGCUCGCGCGCGCUCGCGUCGAUGAGCUCCGUGCUCCCGCGUUCCAGGACUGUGAGGGCCGUUCCGUCGUUCGAAGCGACGAAAGCACGUCGGGGCGGAGUCGAAAGGCGUCAGAAGCGGAGUUGAAAGGCGUCGAGGCGCGUGCGUCGGGAAUGAAGAAACCGAGGCACGCGCGGAGAGGAACGUCGACCGGGAGAGAAAGUCCUUAA